AUGUAUUUCUAUUACACUCUUACCGCAAUGGGCAUUAAAGUUCCUCGAAAAAUCUCAAAGUGGGUGACAAUCAUUCAAACAACUCAAAUGCUAAUCGGAGUCAUGAUUUCUUGUUGUGUUCUUUGGAUCAAGCAGAACACUGAUUGGAAAUGUCAACAAUCGAGAGCCAAUCUGAGUCUCGCAUUUCUUAUCUACACAACAUUUUUGAUUUUAUUCCUUCAUUUUUACUGGAGUACCUAUAUUCGCCAUCGAUCGAUCAAAUCGGAGAGCGACAAGGAGAAGAAAUUA